AAACUUGGUACAGCUAGUCUGAAGUUUCUCUACAAAAUGUGAGAUAUUGAAAAGAUUAAGGUUGUGAUAACUUUUUUUUUUUUUUUUGAGGUGGUUGUUUUCAAUUUAUUUUCAUUUCAUUUAGUUUUCCCCACCUAUGCAAGUAGAGAAAAUGGAUGGCCUCAGAGAAGUUUGUAUCUACUUCCCACUUCAAAAUCAUUUCCAAUUUGUCCUGUAGGGUUUUUUUAGAGUACCAGUAAGUAUCACUGACAGUAGGUGAGGUGAAUUAGCAAUUGUAAUUUAGCAGUUUCCCAGGUAACACUUUGCAUCUUGUGCUGCUGAAGCACCAUUGCAUUUCUGAACAUGCCGGAGUUCUUUGUGUUGGAGUUGCUGUCGGUACCGGAGCUGGGCUGCCGCUACGCCCUGUGCACAGGCAGGAGCAGCACCAGGAGGUGCUGAAGCCAGCUGCUCUUUUUAAGUAACUUUCCUCUUCCUUCGUUGCCUGUUUCUGUAUCUAUUUUUCCUCAAUAGGGAGAGAAAUACUCAAUCUAGUUGCUCGGUAUCCAAUGCUUGUUCUUUCCAUGAAAGGGGCACAAAUCUCAGUGCUGGACUCUGAACCAGCACAUGGAAUGCUUUUCACCAAGUGUGCCGAAGUUAAGUGAUGGGGGUGCCUGAAGAAGGUUUUCCAUCUGAAUCUGUCCAUUUUGCUUCCUGGUUCCUGAUCUCUUUGCUCUGCAUACCUGACAGUUAUUGUCUGAAUCCAGGUGACAAGAGGGAAUGGUGUAAGCAUGUUCCAGCGCCGUUGGGCUUCAUGGAGCAAGCAAGCAGUGGUUCACUUCUGGCUGCUAAUGCAAAAGGACCAGAAAGAUGAAUUUGACGCUAUUUUUCUUAUGACAAAUUUAGGCAGUUUUACAAAGUCUGAUGUUUUACUCACACAGCUGUAAAGCAGUUUUAUUUAAAGCUUUUGUAAAAAUGAUUAGAUGAUCCUGGAUUGAUAUUCUGCAGCUGAGCCGACCCCAGGAAAGCAGGCUACAACCUGGGCAUGAGGAAAACUGUCCAUUUGCACCAACGCAGGACGAGGAAGGCUUGUGACCUGGAGCAUGCUACACCUUGGACAAGUAUCUUGGCAAAGAUGAUCUGAUCCCGUUGGCUGCUCAUGAGACUCCAGGGGAUUCUCAUCAUCCUGAGGGGUCGGGUGUCAGGGUACUGGGCACCAGUCUCUGACUUCCGACCCUCUCUGACACGCGGUGCGCACAGAGGCUCUGACUCCAGGGCUCAGCCUCUCCAUGAGGCACACGUGGAGCAUGUGUGGUUUUAAAAGGAGGUGCUAAGGCCCAGGGCUGUGUGUUUUGUUUUGUUAUUUGGCCACGAUAUCUGUUACGUACUAAUUUCCUUUAAGACUUGUGAUGAAGUCAGUAAACCACAGCCUGCAGCGAGAGCGCUCCGGGCUGGUGCUUUCCGCUAUGACAUGCACUUGACAUGUCCGUUCCCGGGUUCGGCAGGCCAGUCUCGCUCUGCCUCUUGCAACAUGGACCAGAGGGAAAUUCUGCUGCAAAAUCUCGAAAGGACCCAAAGCAAGAAGCUCGACCAAGAAGCAUUUGUAGAGGAGUUUUUGAAGCUGAAAAGGCAGUCAACAAAAUACAGAUCGGAUAAAAUCUACCCUACAGCAGCAUCUGAGCACCCAGAGAACAUCAAGAAGAACAGAUACAAAGACAUCUUACCCUUUGACCACAGCAGAGUGGAGCUGUCCCUGAUCACAUCAGAUGCAGAUUCUCAUUACAUCAAUGCCAACUUCAUCAAGGGCGUCUAUGGGCCAAGAGCAUACAUUGCAACCCAGGGUCCUCUCUCCACUACUGUCAUUGACUUCUGGAGGAUGAUCUGGGAGUAUGAAGUCCUGAUCGUGAUCAUGGCUUGCAUGGAGUUUGAAAUGGGAAAGAAAAAAUGUGAGCGGUACUGGGCAGACCUGGGUGAGUCCUCCCUGCAGUGUGGGCCCUUCUCCAUUGCCUGUGAAGCUGAAGAAAAGAAAAAUGAAUACGUGAUCAGGACUCUAAAAGUGACCCUGAAUGAAGAAACCCGCACUGUCCACCAAUUCCACUAUCAAAACUGGCCAGACCAUGAUGUUCCCUCUUCCAUCAACCCCAUUCUGGAGCUCAUCUGUGAGGUUCGCUGCUACCAGCCAGACGACAGCAUUCCCAUCUGCAUCCACUGCAGUGCUGGCUGUGGGAGAACAGGAGUCAUCUGUGCAAUCGACUACACCCAGAAGCUGCUGAAGGACGGAAUUGUUCCAGUGAACUUCAGUAUUUUUAGUCUGAUCCAGGAGAUGCGCACACAAAGGCCUUCAAUAGUGCAGACCAAGGAGCAGUACAAGCUGGUUUAUGAUGCUGUUAUUGAACUCUUCAAAAGGCAGAUUAAAGCACUUGAUGCCCAGGAAGAUUCUGCUGCUUCACAGAUUCAAACCAGGCAUCCCGUACCCAAACCACUUCUGCCUUCAGUUGAAGAUAUUUAUACUCUGAGUUUACUAACCUGCUCAGGGCAAGAGGACCAGAAUGUGCGUCAACAUUUUUCUCCAGUGGUACAAAACGAAGCAUCGCUGGUGUCCUUGUCUGCCAAGGGAGAGCACGGCAGCUCUGGGGGUAGAGUCCCUCCCAUCAGACCGGCCAUCUCCUUUGGCACUCUGAACUUCAGCAACAGCAGGAAUGCAGCUGCUGCCGAGAUGUGGGGCACAAGGGACGCUCUCCAGAAACACCACAGUUUGGAGUUCAGCAGCAGGUCCUCUGGGCAGCUGCUUGUGGACCUGGAGCUGCAGAGAGCAGGCAAGAAAGGGGCUCAUGGCAAAGCACCUCUGACACGGACCACAUCGACCCCCUUUGUGCUGGAGCAGCAGGGAGAAACCUGGGCUUGCGAUGGAGGCGAUGUGGAGCCCAUUUCCAGUUCUCAGUCACCAAAUGCCUCUUACUCAAGCUUCCAGGAGAAGCAGCAGGACGGAUUUUCCCCUGUUGAGCUGAACCACUCAAGCCAAGUAGCAGAAGCCCCCCCAGGCCACAGGAACUGUGGGCAAUGUCCUUACCAUUUCUUCUGCUCGGCGGAGGACCCCUACUUCUCUUCGCUCUCGCCAGAGGACCCGCCAUCCCCAGUGCUGGCAGCGGGGCAGGACACACAAGGCCCUCCUUGCAUGGUGGCCAGCUCCCCACCGCCCAGGCCUGCAUCCCCCCACAUUCACCACCCCAGUGCUGGGAGGACGUCCCCACUGAGUAACCUGGCCACAUCUCCUCAAUUAGACAUCCUGCCCCUGCCAGAUGAUGAUGAUCCUCCACCCCUGCCUGAGCGAACCCCGGAGUCCUUCAUUGUGGCUAGUGAAUCGGGAGAAUUUCCCCUAGCCACUUCUGAUUUUCAGCUUCCAGCCAGAAAUAAAAAUAUUGGAACCUCUUUGGAGUGGAGUGGCGAGUCUCACUCAGAUGUGUUUAACGACACUGUGAGACUGAGACCAUGUAAGAGUAUGAAGCUUCGGAGCUCACGAUCAGAGACAAACCGGGAUCGCUCUAACUCUCCUCCCCCGCUUCCUGAAAGAACCCCAGAGUCGUUUGUUCUUGCUGAUACAGCAAGUAUGCAGCCUGCUCCAAGAAACUCUACUAAUUCUCCGGGUUUGAGGAGCAAUGCUUCUGAAGCAUCAUCAAAAGAGCCUGUGAAAUGCUUUAGGAGAAGCAAGAGUUUGAAAAUACUGAAAAACGUGAGAAAAAGCAUCUGUAGUCCAUCUUCACUGACAAAACCAUCAGAAUCUGCCCCGUCAAACCAUCUGAGCUCUUUCCUUAAUUUUGGCUUUGCAAGUCGAUUUUCAAAACCGAAAGGACCAAGAAAUCCACCACCGGCAUGGAAUAUUUAGAUAAAUUUUACAGAUUUGGUGUUACAGAUUCAUGAAUACCUUCUGAUAUGCCUUGAGUGCUCAUCCCAGUAAGGUUUACAUCAAAAUAAAUACAUCAAAAGGUAUUGCAUGAUGUAUUGCAGAUGAGGCACUACUUGCACAUUCCUCAUGAGCUGAAGUUUUAGGGUAAAGAACAGGUAAAUACGAGCAGUGAGGCACUUUCCGUUAAUUUAUAACAGAAUGAAAAUUAAAGCUGGGAAUAGAUAUUUUAUAUUAAAUAGUGAUGUUUUCAUUGUGUUUUGGAACCUAUUCACUUCAAAAUAAUGUAUUUAAGCUUUCUGAAACAAAACACUGUACAGUGGAACAGAUUCCAGUGAGGACUGUUGAACGGAGGGACGUCCAGUUUGGUCCCAGCGCAGACUGGACCAAAUCAAAACAAGAAGCUGGAGAUCCUGCCGACACAGCAUCUGUGUAACUGCGAUCACGUGCAGUUUUAUUGUCAUCAAACACUGGCAUUUCCUUACAUAUUUACUUUAGUUGAAUGAACAGAGAAUUAACAUCUCAAAUUUUAGAAAGAAUUUAUCUGUCAGUUAAUUGAAUGUUUCGUUUUCCCAUCUGAGCGAGUCCAGGUAUUUUUUUCUAACUUUUUGGUUAAGUCGCAGAUGUUGAUGGGUCCUGGUCCCCAGUCCUGGUCCCCUCCUCAGAGCAGGCUGCCCAGGUAGGCAUCCAGACAGGCCUUGAAUAUCUCCAGAGAAGGAGACUCCACAACCUCCCUAGGCAGCCUGUUCCAAUGUUCUGUCACCCUCACCGUGAAGCAGUUCUUUCUCAAGAAGCCCCCGCUGCAGCCGAUCCCUGCGAGGUUCCUGACCGAAUGACGCAAGAAUAUCUAAGCACAUGUAAGCAUGAACAAUAAGGACGAACAAGCUGCAAAACACAAGGGAAACUUUUAACCUUGCAAAGAGGCUUUAGGAAAGACACCACAGUGCACAUAAAUAAAUGUCAUCUUUAUUUAACGAAAUAUAAUUUAUCAGUUAGGUUGACAUCUGUCAAUUCAGUUAUAGGAACUAUAAAUAAUUAAGACAGUCUUUUUCCUUGAAUAAAAAGAGUAAACCAGGAUUUUUCACUUGCAGUCAGCUGUAUAGUAGGCAUGCGUUUGAGUGCAACCGGUGGGAAAAGUUUUUGUCCAUCAACAUUCUGAAAUUUUAAGUUAGAUUCUUCCCUGAUCUGUUCACCCCACCUUAAAUUACACAGGCACCACCAGUCCCAGCAGCACCGCAGCUCUUCAUCACCUCCAGGUCUCCACAUCUUACAGGAGACCACGAGCAGUAGAUUCUUCCUCGGGCACAAAUCCUUUCUUGGGGAACUAAAUAGCGAUGUGACACACAAAAGACUGGUAGAGUUUCAUAUAUUAUAUAUAUAUAUGUAAAAGCUUACGUGUUAAUGGAAGGAAAUCUCGUAUCUAUUCCUCAACAUUAGGCAGAGAAAUCAGAUGAGCAGCAGAGGAUACUGCUGGGCUGCACAAGUCCCUGGGCUGAGACUUCAGUACGUGGGUGUGAGAUUUUUUUUUUUUUUUU